AUUAUAAAGGGUCGCCAUCAAGGAACAUGUAGCCAGAACCAGAGCAAGUGCUCUUGUGUUUGGACAGAGUGUGAGUGACGGGGGUGGCGUUGUACCUGUGAAAUUGCGAAUCUGAGCGGAGCUUGUUGCUGUUGUUUGAACCUUCGGUUGUCAUUUCUGAGGAACAAGUCAUGGAGGCGGGGUGUAUGAAACGACAAUGGUUGAAGGCUUCUCAGCUGGGCCGCUGCUUCCUCCUCUUACUGCUUAUGCUGAGCCCGUCGUUCGGAGACGCGUGGUACUAUAAAGAAGAAAUUGCGUCGCUCCAAGCACUGUUUGCAGCGUGGAACAAGAGCAAUCCGCCAGCUGACUUGGAGGGUUGGAGCUCAACACGGCAACGUCCUUGCGAGCCUGACGCUAUAUGGCGAGGAGUGACGUGCACAGAAGUCCCCAACUCUGAAACAAACACAAAGGGCCCGAGCAGAUAUAUCAUUGGUUUGACCCUUUCCGAGGCUCACAUCAAUGGCACUUUGCCAGACGUGUUUGGGUGGCCAAAUCUCUCAGGAAUCGGCUUUUUGACAUUGACAGGAAAUCCAGAGUUAACUGGGCCUCUUCCACCAUCAAUCAAUUCAACAUGGCUAAAUACUUUGGAUCUUCAUGACAAUGGUUUUAAUGGAAGUAUUCCAAAUAUAAAUUUUUCUUAUUAUCUUGAAAAGUUAGAUUUGAGUGGUAACAGAAUUACGGGAGAAUAUCCAAGUCAUCAAUUACAAAAUGCAAGUUCUCUUCUAUCUUUAAACAUUGGUGGAAAUAAAUUCUUCGGAAAUAUACCAGAAAAUGCCACUCGAAGCAUGAAAAGACUUCAAAAAUUAAAUAUAUCUUACAAUAACUUCACUGGAAAGUUUCCAAAUUUUCGAAAUUGGUCGAAUUUGCAAUAUUUAGAUAUCUCUUCAAAUCACUUUCAAGGACCAUUACCAAAUUUUAGUACCUCAUCAAAUUUAGAAUAUGUAUAUCUAGGUGGCAAUAAUUUUUCAGGAACAUUAACAAAUUUCUUUGAUCACUUUAAUGUUUCUAAAGUGAAAAUAGUAAAUGUGUCCGACAACAAUCUAAGUGGUUCUCUUCCAUUUAAUUUUAUUUCUUCUAAUGUUAGCUCUAUACAAGAAUUGUACUUUGAUAAAAAUAAUAUUACAGGAAGCCUUGACAUAUCUAAUAUUUUUGAAACAACACUUAUUCAAAAUCAAAGUGUGAAUCUUAAAAUUUUAAGUUUGAUGAACAAUUCUAUUAAAGAUGUUCUAUGUACCAAUAAAGAUAUCAGCCAACCAAGAACUAUGAUCAAGUUGCAAGACAAUCCAUAUUGUAAUGGAAAUGAUUAUGAUGAUGCUAGAAGAUGCUACUGUAAACAAGAUUGUAGCAUCACUCCAAUGAGCAAAAAAGUUCGAAAGAUUGUUAUCAUCUCCAUAUGCAUUAGUGUGGUGAUGGUACUCAUGAUGAUUUCAGUUGUGGGAUUAAUUCUUUUCAAAAACAAGAAAUAUAAAAAGUAUUUGCAACUUCAAUUUCAACAAAAAUUUGAUGAGUUUGAUGUCAAGCCUACUAUUUAUUCAUACAAUGAAUUAAAGGCUGCUACAAGAGACUUCCAUAUUGAAAAUAAGUUGGGAGAAGGUGGAUAUGGUGCUGUAUACAAGGGUGUAUUAUCAAAUGGAAAUGUGGUGGCUAUAAAGCAACUAUUUGUCAAAACAAAGCAAAGCAUUGAUGACUUUUCCAAUGAGAUUGUAUUGAUUACAGGCAUGAAGCAUAGAAACUUGGUGAAUUUGAAAGGGUGUUGUCUUCGCGAAAAUUCCAAGAUAUUAGUUUAUGAAUACGUGGACAACUAUGAUGUUGACCAAAUUUUACUUGGACCUCAUAGGCAAGAAGUGCCUUGGCUUUUGCGGUUGAAGAUUUGUAUGGGAGUAGCUCAUGGUCUUCACUAUCUCCAUGCAUUGGCUCAUCCGAGAGUAAUCCAUCGCGACAUCAAGGCAAGCAAUAUCUUAUUGGAUAAGAAUCUAGAGCCCAAAAUUGCAGAUUUUGGCUUGGUUUUAUUAUUUCCAGAUAAAGAAACCCACAUCAUGACUAUACAUGUUGCAGGCACCAAAGGAUAUUUGGCACCAGAAUAUGCAUCAUUGGGCCAACUUAGCGAUAAAGUGGAUGUUUUCAGCUUUGGAGUAUUAUGUUUAGAGAUAAUUAGUGGACGAAGAAAUAUUGAUGAAUCUUUACCACAAGACCAAGUUUUUCUUACUCAAUGGGCAUGGAAGCUUCAUCAAUCAAAUAAGCUAAUUGAGCUAGUAGAUCAAACAUUGCAUUUGAGUGAUGGAGAACUUCAAGACGUACUUCGGAUCAUUAAGAUUGCUUUGCUUUGCAUUCAAAAUGAUUGUGAAAGACGACCUACAAUGGAACGAGUUGUAUACUUAUUUCAAGGUGAUACACAAUCAGAGGUUGUGGUAUUAAAUAGAAGUGAAGAUUAUCUGCAUAAGCAACAAUGGUCACAAGAGAACAUACUUUCUCCUUUAACAACAGAAAUAGAAUUAUUAUCACAUGAAUAUUCUAGUGAAUUUGAACAACCUGAACUUAAGGAUAUAUAAGUGCAGUAACAAGGUCCAAUGUAAUAGUUUACUAUAUUGCUGUAUGCAAUAUGUAAGCUUAGUAUGUGUCUUUACAUUAUGUAUAUAUAAUUUAGUUUCAAACAUUGCUUACGUUAUUUUUCAGAUUUUAAUUUAAUUUUUUUACAAAAUUGAGAGUUUUAUUUA